CGCCCGGCUCCCUCUGCCCUGCGCGGCGCCAUGGACGACCUGCGGGUGCUGUGGAUGCGCGACCGCGUGUAUGCGGCUUUCGGCAUCACCGACCCCCAGCUUUUCGAGGACCUGCUCAACCGCGACGACGGCCAGGGCGAGGACCUCAUCUUGCACUUCCUCAACCAGGCGAGCGAGGAGGAGGGCCCCUCGGCGCUCUUCAUCUACCGCACGAUGGCGCCGGAGGAGGUGGAGGUGGAGAUUGAUGAGAUACCGGUCCUGUCUGAAGAGGAAGAGGAAGAAGAGACUUAUUCUCAAAAAGUGGAGUCCGUGGAUAAAGUGCAAGCUAAGCAUGUGUCACUGAGAACCGAAUCUCUAGGCCAACCUCUAAUCAACAUAGAGGAUGAAGAAACAGACAAAGAGAUUUCAGAAAAACUCCCUUCCAAAAGAACUGCGAAGCACAUCAUGGAAAAGAUGCAUCUCCACAUGCUCUGUACCCCUCUUCCCGAGGAGUUCCUGGACCAAAACGCGGUGUUUUUCCUCAGAAAUACCAAAGAGGCAAUCUCUGAAGCUACCGACAUGAAGGAAGCUGUGGAAAUUAUGCCGGAAACACUGGAGUAUGGAAUUAUAAACGCUAAUGUGCUCCAUUUUCUGAAGGCUAUUAUAUGUCAGGUUUUUUUGCCAGCAUUGUCCUUCAAUCAGCACAGGACGAGUACAACCGUGGGGGUCACAUCUGGAGAAGGCUCUAAUUCCUCUGAGUACGAAUCAGACCUGCCGCCCACGCCUGGGGAGGCAGUAGAAUAUCACAGUAUUCAAUUAAUACGGGAUGAAUUUUUAAUGAACAUGCAGAAAUUUGCAAGUAAUAUUCAAAGAACCAUGCAGCAACUUGAAGGUGAGAUCAAGUUAGAAAUGCCAACCAUCAGUGUGGAGGGAGAGGUGUCUGACCUGGCAGCUGACCCGGAAACCGUUGACAUCUUGGAGCAGUGUGUGAUAAACUGGCUGAAUCAGAUAUCCACAGCGGUUGAGGGCCAACUGAAGAAGACACCUCAGGGUAAAGGCCCUCUGGCUGAAAUUGAAUUCUGGAGGGAAAGAAAUGCAACCUUAAGUGCACUGCAUGAACAAACAAAGCUUCCAAUAGUCAGAAAAGUCUUGGAUGUGAUCAAGGAAUCCGACUCCAUGCUUGUGGCUAAUCUGCAGCCAGUGUUCACCGAGUUAUUCAAGCUCCACACGGAGGCCUCAGACAAUGUGCGCUUUCUCUCCACCGUGGAGCGUUAUUUCAAGAACAUAACGCACGGCUCUGGCUUCCACGUGGUCCUGGACACCAUCCCCGCCAUGAUGAGUGCCCUACGGAUGGUGUGGAUCAUCUCCCGACACUACAACAAAGACGAGAGGAUGAUUCCGCUCAUGGAGCGCAUCGCCUGGGAAAUCGCCGAGAGAGUCUGCCGAGUGGUCAACCUGCGGACUUUGUUCAAAGAAAAUCGAGCGAGUGCCCAAAACAAAACCUUGGCAGCCAGGAACACCCUCAGGCUGUGGAAAAAGGCCUAUUUUGACACCCGGGCCAAGAUAGAGGCUUCGGGGAGAGAAGCUCGGUGGGAGUUUGACCGGAAGCGGCUGUUCCAGAGGACGGAUUACAUGGCCACCAUCUGCCAGGACCUCUCCGACAUUCUGCAGGUUUUGGAGGAAUUUUAUAACAUAUUUGGUCCAGAACUAAAGGCAGUGACGGGGGACCCCAAGCGCAUCGAUGAUGUCCUAUGCAGGGUGGACGGCCUAGUCACCCCCAUGGAAAACCUAACCUUUGACCCCUUCAGCAUCAAGUCCUCCCAGUUCUGGAAAUAUGUGAUGGAUGAAUUCAAGAUUGAAGUUCUGGUUAUUGAGAAAGAAGCAAAACAUUUUAUUGAUGAAUCUUUUAAGACGCUUCGAUCUGCUGAAGCAGCAUUUGACAUGCUUUUAAAAUUUAAGCACAUUCGUUCACGGGAGGCUAUUAAUCGACAAAUGAUGAUGAAAUUUAAUGAUAUUCUUGCACAGUACUGUAAAGAGAUUGACAUCAUUAAUAAAAUCUUUGUCCAGAACCUUGAAAAUCCGCCACUAUAUAAGAAUCACCCUCCGGUAGCAGGUGCAAUAUACUGGGAACGAUCUCUGUUCUUUCGGAUUAAGCACACCAUCCUCCGAUUUCAAGAGGUACAGGAGAUACUGGACAGUGAUCGAGGACAGGAAGUCAAACAAAAAUAUUUGGAAGUGGGUAAGACAAUGAAGGAGUAUGAAGACAGAAAAUAUGAGCAGUGGAUGGAGGUGACGGAGCAGGUGCUGCCAGCCCUCAUGAAGAAGAGCCUUUUGACCAAGUCUUGCAUCGCCAUGGAGGAGCCUUCCACUUUAGAAAGGGGAGCUGUUUUUGCAAUCAACUUUUCACCUGCUCUCAGAGAGAUUAUGAAUGAAACAAAGUACUUAGAGCAGCUGGGGUUCACUGUCCCUGAAUUAGCAAGAAAUAUUGCUCUCCAGGAAGACAAAUUCCUUAGGUACACAGAGGGGAUACAGCGCAUGUUGGAUCAUUAUCACAUGCUCAUAGGAACGUUAAAUGAGGCGGAGUCUGUGCUUCUCAAUGAUCAUUCCCAGGAACUGCUCCGAGUGUUUAGGUCGGGAUAUAAGAGGUUGAACUGGAACUCACUAGGUAUUGGUGACUAUAUAACUUGUUGCAAACAGGCCAUUGGGAAAUUUGAGUCUCUCGUGCACCAGAUUCAUAAGAAUACAGAUGACAUUUCUUCCAGGCUGACAUUAAUAGAGGCCAUAAAUCUCUUUAAAUAUCCAGCCGCUAAAAGUGAGAAAGAACUCCCAGGCGUGAAGGAAUUUUUUGAACACAUUGAGCGAGAAAGGGCCAGAGACGUGGACCACAUGGUCCGGUGGUAUCUUGCCAUUGGACCACUGCUGACCAAAGUUGAGGGCCUGGUCGUCCACACCAACACAGGCAAGGCCCCCAAGCUGGCCUCCUACUACAAAUACUGGGAAAAGAAAAUUUAUGAGGUCCUGACAAAGCUCAUCCUGAAGAACUUGCAGUCUUUUAAUUCUUUGAUCCUUGGAAAUGUCCCUCUGUUCUACACUGAAACCAUUCUGACGGCGCCUGAGAUCAUCCUUCAUCCCAACACAAAUGAGAUCGACAAGAUGUGCUUCCACUGUGUCCGGAAUUGCGUGGAGAUCACCAAGCAUUUUGUUCGUUGGAUGAAUGGCAGCUGCAUAGAAUGCCCCCCUCAGAAGGGGGAGGAAGAAGAAGUUGUUAUAAUAAACUUUUACAAUGAUAUCUCUCUGAACCCUCAGAUAAUUGAACAAGCUGUUAUGAUCCCCCAAAAUGUCCACAGGAUUCUAAUCAAUCUUAUGAAGUAUCUACAAAAAUGGAAGCGGUAUCGACCUCUCUGGAAAUUGGACAAAGCUAUUGUGAUGGAGAAAUUUGCUGCCAAGAAACCUCCUUGUGUAGCAUAUGAUGAAAAGUUGCAGUUCUAUUCCAAGAUAGCCUAUGAGGUUAUGCGCCACCCUCUAAUUAAGGAUGAGCAUUGCAUCAGACUUCAGCUCGGGCAUCUGGCAAACACAGUGCAGGAAAAUGCCAAGUCCUGGGUGAUUUCGCUUGGAAAACUUCUCAAUGAGUCAGCAAAAGAGGAGCUCUAUAAUCUCCAUGAAGAGAUGGAGCACCUGGCCGAAAACCUUAGGAAGAUCCCCAAUACCCUUGAAGAUCUCAAGUUUGUCCUUGCAACAAUUGCAGAAAUUAGAAGUAAAUCUCUAGUCAUGGAACUAAGAUAUAGGGACGUCCAGGAGCGAUACCGUACCAUGGCAAUGUAUAACCUCUUUCCUCCUGAUGCAGAGAAAGAACUGGUUGAUAAGAUUGAGAGCAUGUGGUCCAAUCUGUUUAAUGAUUCAGUGAAUGUGGAGCAUGCUCUUGGGGACAUAAAGAGAACUUUCACAGAGAUUACUCGAGGCGAAAUAAUGAACUACAGAGUUCAGAUAGAGGAGUUUGCAAAGCGUUUUUACAGUGAAGGCCCUGGUUCUGUUGGUGAUGAUCUUGAUAAAGGAGUAGAGCUUUUAGGUGUUUAUGAAAGAGAGCUGGCAAGACAUGAAAAGAGCCGUCAGGAACUGGCUAACGCUGAGAAACUUUUCGAUCUUCCUAUUACGAUGUACCCAGAGCUGCUGAAAGUGCAGAAGGAAAUGAGUGGGCUGAGGAUGAUUUACGAGCUCUACGAAGGACUAAAGGUUGCGAAAGAAGAAUGGUCUCAGACCCUUUGGAUCAACCUGAAUGUGCAGAUUCUCCAGGAAGGAAUUGAAGGUUUUCUCAGGGCUCUCAGAAAGCUACCUUGGCCAGUCCGAGGCUUAUCAGUGGCCUACUACUUGGAAGCGAAAAUGAAGGCAUUCAAAGACUCGAUUCCUUUACUUCUUGACUUGAAGCACGAGGCACUAAGAGACAGGCACUGGAAAGAACUUAUGGAAAAAACAUCUGUCCUUUUUGAAAUGACCGAAACGUUCACCUUGGAAAAUAUGUUUGCUAUGGAGCUGCACAAACACACGGAUGUUCUCAAUGAGAUUGUCACAGCAGCAAUCAAGGAGGUUGCCAUUGAGAAGGCUGUGAAGGAAAUCCUAGACACGUGGGAAAAUAUGAAAUUCACUGUAGUCAAGUAUUACAAAGGCACACAGGAGCGAGGCUACAUCCUGGGUUCUGUUGAUGAAAUUAUUCAGUCUCUUGAUGACAACACUUUCAACCUGCAGAGCAUCUCAGGAAGCAGAUUUGUGGGGCCUUUUCUGCAAACUGUUCAGAAAUGGGAAAAAACGCUUUCUCUAAUAGGGGAAGUCAUUGAGAUUUGGAUGUUGGUUCAGAGAAAAUGGAUGUAUCUUGAAAGUAUUUUUAUUGGUGGAGAUAUAAGAUCACAACUCCCGGAAGAGGCAAAAAAGUUUGACAACAUCGAUAGAGUAUUUAAAAGGAUCAUGGGUGAGACCUUAAAAGACCCCGUGAUCAAGAGGUGCUGUGAAGCCCCAAACCGCCUCAGUGACCUACAGAACGUGAGCGAGGGCCUGGAGAAAUGCCAGAAAAGCCUCAACGACUACUUAGAUUCGAAGAGAAAUGCUUUCCCGAGGUUCUUCUUCAUUUCUGACGACGAGUUGCUCAGCAUUCUGGGGAGCAGCGACCCACUCUGCGUCCAGGAGCACAUGAUCAAGAUGUACGACAACAUAGCAUCACUGAGGUUUAAUGACGGCGAUAGUGGAGAAAAACUGGUGUCCGCGAUGAUUUCAGCAGAAGGAGAAGUCAUGGAGUUUCGGAAGAUCGUGCGGGCCGAAGGGCGCGUGGAGGACUGGAUGACAGCAGUUUUGAAUGAAAUGAGAAGAACUAAUAGACUAAUUACCAAAGAGGCAAUUUUUAGAUACUGUGAAGACAGAAGCAGAGUCGACUGGAUGCUCCUGUACCAAGGCAUGGUGGUGCUGGCCGCCAGCCAGGUGUGGUGGACCUGGGAGGUGGAAGACGUCUUUCACAAAGUGCAAAAAGGGGAGAAGCAGGCCAUGAAGAACUACGGCAGGAAAAUGCACCGGCAGAUCGAUGAGUUGGUAACACGCAUCACCAUGCCGCUAAGCAAAAACGACAGGAAAAAAUACAACACCGUUCUUAUCAUUGACGUGCACGCCAGAGACAUAGUUGAUUCUUUCAUAAGAGGCAGCAUCCUGGAGGCCCGAGAGUUUGAAUGGGAAAGUCAGUUGCGGUUUUAUUGGGACCGGGAGCCGGAUGAGCUGAACAUCCGCCAGUGCACGGGAACCUUUGGCUACGGCUACGAGUACAUGGGCCUGAACGGCAGGCUGGUCAUCACGCCCCUCACCGACCGGAUUUACCUGACGCUCACCCAGGCGCUGUCCAUGUAUCUGGGUGGGGCUCCCGCCGGCCCAGCAGGUACCGGCAAAACUGAGACCACCAAGGACCUGGCGAAAGCCCUGGGCUUGCUCUGCGUUGUCACCAACUGUGGCGAAGGCAUGGAUUACAAGGCCGUGGGGAAGAUUUUCUCUGGCCUAGCACAGUGCGGGUCUUGGGGCUGCUUUGAUGAGUUUAAUCGAAUCGAUGCUUCUGUGCUCUCCGUGAUCUCCUCUCAGAUCCAGACAAUCCGAAAUGCUCUGAUCCAUCAGUUAACCACGUUCCAGUUUGAAGGGCAGGAGAUUUCCCUGGACUCCCGCAUGGGCAUCUUCAUCACCAUGAACCCCGGCUACGCAGGCCGCACGGAGCUGCCCGAGUCGGUGAAGGCGCUGUUCAGGCCUGUGGUCGUGAUCGUGCCCGACCUGCAGCAGAUCUGCGAGAUCAUGCUCUUCUCCGAGGGCUUCCUGGAGGCCAAGACUCUGGCGAAAAAGAUGACGGUUCUAUAUAAGCUGGCCCGGGAGCAGCUGUCCAAGCAGUAUCACUAUGAUUUUGGACUCAGAGCCCUGAAAUCGGUGCUGGUCAUGGCUGGUGAGCUGAAGAGAGGCUCCUCUGACCUUAGGGAGGACGUGGUGCUGAUGAGGGCGCUGCGAGACAUGAACUUGCCCAAAUUUGUGUUUGAAGAUGUUCCUCUUUUCCUUGGUUUGAUUUCGGAUCUGUUUCCUGGGCUGGACUGCCCUCGCGUCCGCUACCCUGACUUCAGCGAUGCGGUAGAGCAGGUCCUGGAGGAGAACGGCUACGCGGUCCUACCCGUCCAGGUGGAUAAAGUGGUUCAGAUGUUCGAGACCAUGUUAACCCGCCACACGACGAUGGUCGUGGGACCCACCAGAGGGGGCAAGUCCGUCGUCAUUAACACCCUGUGUCAGGCCCAGACCAAGCUUGGGCUGAUGACAAAGUUGUACAUCCUGAACCCCAAAGCCGUGAGUGUCAUAGAACUCUAUGGCAUCCUGGACCCAACCACCCGAGACUGGACAGAUGGGGUGUUGUCAAACAUCUUCAGGGAAAUCAACAAGCCAACGGACAAGAAGGAGCGAAAGUAUAUUUUAUUUGAUGGUGAUGUGGAUGCUCUAUGGGUGGAAAACAUGAAUUCUGUGAUGGAUGACAACAGGUUGUUGACAUUGGCCAACGGGGAACGCAUCCGGCUCCAAGCACACUGUGCCCUGCUCUUUGAGGUUGGAGAUUUACAGUAUGCCUCCCCUGCAACUGUCUCUCGAUGUGGAAUGGUUUAUGUGGAUCCUAAAAACUUGAAGUAUCGACCAUACUGGAAAAAAUGGGUUAAUCAAAUACCAAACAAGGCGGAGCAAUACAAUUUGAAUAGUCUCUUUGAGAAAUAUGUGCCCUAUCUCAUCGAUGUGAUAGUGGAAGGGAUAGUGGAUGGAAGACAAGCAGAGAAGCUGAAGACAAUAGUUCCUCAGACAGACCUCAAUAUGGUAACCCAGUUAGCCAAGAUGCUGGAUGCGUUACUAGAAGGAGAAAUAGAAGACCUCGACCUGCUGGAGUGCUACUUCCUGGAGGCCCUGUACUGCUCUCUGGGAGCCUCCCUGCUUGAGGAUGGAAGGAUGAAAUUUGAUGAAUAUAUCAAACGUCUUGCUUCUUUGUCUACUGUUGACACAGAAGGAGUUUGGGCCAACCCUGGGGAACUGCCAGGUCAACUUCCAACCUUGUAUGACUUUCAUUUUGAUAACAAACGGAAUCAAUGGGUCCCAUGGAGUAAGUUAGUUCCAGAGUAUAUUCAUGCCCCCGAGAGGAAAUUUAUCGACAUCCUGGUUCACACAGUGGAUACCACUCGGACUACCUGGAUAUUGGAACAAAUGGUUAAAAUUAAGCAACCUGUUAUUUUUGUUGGUGAAUCUGGCACUUCUAAGACAGCCACUACCCAGAAUUUCCUCAAAAAUCUGAGUGAAGAAACUAACAUUGUGUUAAUGGUCAACUUCUCCUCCCGCACCACGUCCAUGGAUAUCCAAAGAAAUUUAGAAGCAAAUGUGGAAAAGCGAACCAAAGAUACUUACGGCCCGCCCAUGGGAAAACGCCUGCUGGUGUUCAUGGAUGACAUGAAUAUGCCAAGGGUGGAUGAAUACGGCACGCAGCAGCCAAUUGCCUUGCUGAAGCUGCUGUUGGAAAAAGGCUACUUAUAUGACCGUGGCAAGGAGCUGAACUGUAAAAGCAUUCGAGACCUUGGGUUUAUUGCUGCAAUGGGAAAGGCUGGAGGAGGCCGUAAUGAAGUUGACCCAAGAUUUAUUUCACUAUUCAGCGUCUUCAACGUGCCAUUUCCUUCAGAGGAGUCUCUGCAUUUAAUUUAUUCCUCCAUCCUGAAAGGCCAUACCUCGACGUUUCAUGAGAGCAUUGUGGCUGUGAGUGGCAAGCUGACAUUCUGCACGCUAGCACUUUACAAAAAUAUUGUGCAAGACCUACCUCCCACUCCAUCAAAGUUCCAUUACAUCUUCAACCUUCGAGAUCUCUCACGGGUUUUUAAUGGUCUUGUCCUCACUAAUCCGGAGCGAUUCCAGACGGUGGCCCAGAUGGUGAGAGUCUGGAGGAAUGAGUGUCUGAGAGUCUUCCACGACCGGCUGAUCAGUGAAACAGACAAGCAGCUGGUACAACAGCACAUAGGCGGCUUGGUUACGGAACAUUUUAACGAUGACGUGGAGGUGGUGAUGAGGGAUCCCAUAUUGUUUGGAGACUUCCGGAUGGCUCUGCACGAAGGAGAACCACGCAUUUAUGAAGACAUCCAGGACUACGAGGCGGCCAAGGCUCUGUUCCAGGAAAUUCUUGAAGAGUAUAAUGAAAGCAACACUAAAAUGAACUUGGUUCUCUUUGAUGACGCACUGGAGCAUUUAACCCGGGUGCACCGUAUCAUCCGCAUGGACCGUGGCCAUGCCCUGCUGGUCGGGGUAGGGGGCUCAGGGAAGCAGUCUCUUUCGAGGCUGGCUGCCUUCACAGCCGGCUGUGAGGUAUUUGAGAUUCUGCUGAGCCGAGGCUACUCGGAGAACAAUUUCCGGGAAGACCUGAAGAGCCUCUAUUUGAAACUUGGGAUUGAGAACAAAGCGAUGAUCUUUCUGUUCACGGAUGCCCAUGUGGCUGAGGAGGGCUUCCUGGAGCUCAUCAACAACAUGCUGACCUCAGGAAUUGUACCUGCGCUUUUCGCUGAAGAGGAGAAGGAGUCUGUCCUGAGUCAGAUUGGACAGGAAGCUCUGAAGCAAGGCAUGGGGCCGGCCAAGGAGUCCGUGUGGCAGUACUUCGUGAACAAAAGUGCAAAUAACCUGCACGUUGUCCUGGGCAUGUCGCCAGUGGGGGACACCCUGAGGACCUGGUGCAGAAACUUCCCAGGUAUGGUAAAUAACACUGGUAUUGACUGGUUCAUGCCCUGGCCUCCCCAAGCCCUCCACGCGGUCGCAAAGUCCUUUCUAGGGUAUAAUCCGAUGAUCCCGGCAGAAAAUAUAGAAAAUGUGGUGAAGCAUGUUGUUUUGGUUCACGAAUCCGUGGGCCACUACAGCAAACAGUUUCUACAGAAAUUGAGGCGCAGCAACUAUGUCACUCCCAAGAACUACCUUGAUUUUAUUAACACCUAUUCAAAAUUGCUGGAUGAGAAAACUCAGUAUAAUAUAGCUCAGUGUAAGCGUCUGGACGGGGGACUGGACAAGCUGAAGGAGGCCACCAUCCAGCUGGACGAGCUGAACCAGAAGCUGGCCGAGCAGAAGAUCGUACUGGCCGAGAAGUCCGCUGCCUGCGAGGCCUUGCUGGAGGAGAUCGCCGUCAACACCGCUGUAGCCGAGGAGAAGAAGAAACUGGCGGAGGAAAAGGCCAUGGAGAUAGAGGAGCAGAACAAGGUCAUUGCCAUGGAGAAGGCCGAGGCCGAGACGACCCUGGAGGAGGUCAUGCCCAUCCUGGAGGCUGCCAAGCUGGAGCUGCAGAAGCUGGACAAGUCGGACGUGACUGAGAUUAGGUCGUUUGCUAAGCCCCCGAAGCAGGUGCAGACGGUCUGCGAAUGCAUCCUCAUCAUGAAAGGGUAUAAAGAGCUCAACUGGAAAACCGCCAAGGGCAUGAUGUCCGACCCGAAUUUCCUGAGGUCUCUGAUGGAGAUUGAUUUUGAUUCGAUUACCCAGAGCCAAGUGAAAAACAUCAAAGGCCUCUUGAAGACUCUUAAUACCACAAAUGAAGAAAUGGAAGCUGUCAGCAAAGCCGGGCUGGGGAUGCUGAAAUUUGUCGAAGCUGUAAUGGGCUACUGUGAUGUUUUCAGAGAAAUCAAGCCUAAAAGAGAGAAGGUGGCCAGGCUGGAGCGGAAUUUUUACCUCACUAAACGGGAACUGGAAAGGAUCCAGAAUGAGUUGGCAGCAAUUCAGAAAGAGAUGGAAACAUUGGGUGCCAAAUAUGAGGCCGCCAUACUGGAAAAGCAGAAGCUGCAGGAAGAAGCCGAGAUCAUGGAGAGGCGGCUGAUUGCUGCAGACAAACUCAUCUCGGGUCUGGGGUUGGAAAACAUCAGGUGGCUGAACGACCUGGAUGAGCUGAUGCACCGGCGCGUGAAGCUGCUGGGGGACUGCCUGCUCUGCGCGGCUUUCCUGAGCUACGAGGGAGCCUUCACCUGGGAGUUCCGUGACGAGAUGGUCAACCAGAUUUGGCAAAACGACAUCCUGGAACGGGAGAUCCCCCUGAGCCAGCCUUUCCGGCUGGAAAGCCUGCUCACAGACGAUGUUGAGAUCAGCAGAUGGGGAUCCCAGGGCCUUCCCCCCGAUGAGCUCUCCAUUCAGAAUGGCAUCCUCACCACCCGGGCCAGCCGCUUCCCUCUCUGUAUCGACCCCCAGCAGCAGGCCCUCAACUGGAUCAAGAGAAAAGAGGAGAAGAACAAUCUGCGGGUCGCUUCCUUUCACGACCCUGACUUCCUCAAGCAGCUGGAGAUGUCCAUAAAGUACGGGACCCCUUUCCUGUUCCGCGAUGUUGAUGAAUACAUCGAUCCUGUGAUUGAUAACGUCUUAGAAAAAAAUAUAAAAAUCUCCCAAGGACGGCAGUUUAUUAUCCUGGGAGACAAGGAAGUUGACUAUGAUUCAAAUUUCAGACUGUACCUAAACACCAAGCUGGCCAAUCCCAGAUAUUCCCCAUCCGUGUUUGGGAAAGCUAUGGUGAUCAAUUACACUGUCACGCUGAAGGGCCUGGAGGACCAGCUGCUGAGCGUGCUGGUGGCUUACGAGAGGCGGGAGCUGGAGGAGCAGCGGGAGCACCUCAUCCAGGAGACCAGCGAGAACAAGAACCUGCUCAAGGACCUGGAAGAUUCCCUCCUUCGGGAGCUGGCCACGUCCACCGGGAACAUGCUGGACAACGUGGACCUGGUGCACACCCUGGAGGAGACCAAAUCCAAGGCAACAGAGGUCUCAGAGAAACUCAAGCUGGCAGAGAAGACAGCCUUGGACAUCGACAGGCUGCGGGAUGGCUACCGGCCAGCAGCCAGGAGGGGGGCCAUCCUGUUCUUUGUCCUGUCUGAGAUGGCCCUGGUGAACUCCAUGUACCAGUACUCCCUGAUUGCCUUCUUAGAGGUCUUCGGGCUGUCACUGAAGAAGUCGCUGCCUGAUUCCAUUCUCAUGAAACGCCUGAGGAACAUCAUGGACACGCUGACCUUCAACAUCUAUAACUACGGCUGCACAGGGCUGUUUGAGAGGCACAAGCUACUCUUUUCUUUUAAUAUGACCAUCAAGAUAGAACAAGCAGAAGGGAGAGUCCCUCAAGAAGAAUUAGAUUUCUUUUUAAAAGGAAACAUUUCCCUGGAGAAAAGCAAAAGAAAAAAGCCCUGCGCUUGGUUGUCUGACCAAGGAUGGGAAGAUAUCAUUCUUUUAUCAGAAAUGUUUUCAGACAACUUUGGACAACUUCCUGAUGAUGUUGAGAAUAAUCAGACUAUCUGGCAGGAGUGGUAUGACCUGGAUUCACUGGAGCAGUUUCCGUUCCCCUUGGGUUACGAUAACAACAUCACACCUUUCCAGAAGUUGCUUAUUUUGCGCUGUUUCCGCGUGGAUCGGGUCUAUCGGGCAGUGACUGACUAUGUGACUGUAACAAUGGGAGAGAAGUAUGUGCAGCCCCCAAUGAUCAGCUUUGAAGCUAUUUUUGAGCAGAGCACUCCAAAUUCGCCCAUUGUGUUUAUCCUGAGUCCUGGCUCUGACCCUGCCAGUGAUCUUAUGAAAUUAGCAGAGCGAAGUGGUUUUGGAGGAAAUCGCCUCAAAUUCCUUGCAAUGGGUCAAGGUCAAGAAAAGGUGGCCCUGCAGCUGCUGGAGACGGCGGUGGCUCGGGGGCAGUGGCUGAUGCUGCAGAACUGCCACCUCCUGGUCAAGUGGCUGAAAGAUCUGGAGAAGUCCCUGGAGAGGAUCACCAAGCCCCACCCCGACUUCCGCCUGUGGCUCACCACGGACCCCACCAAGGGCUUCCCCAUUGGGAUUCUGCAGAAGUCCCUAAAGGUUGUCACCGAGCCGCCCAAUGGGCUGAAACUCAACAUGAGGGCAACUUACUUCAAGAUCUCUCACGAAAUGCUGGACCAGUGCCCGCACCCUGCCUUCAAGCCUCUGGUCUACGUGCUGGCGUUCUUUCAUGCUGUGGUGCAGGAGAGAAGGAAGUUCGGGAAGAUUGGCUGGAACGUGUACUAUGACUUCAAUGAGUCUGACUUCCAGGUCUGCAUGGAAAUUCUGAACACGUACUUAACGAAAGCCUUCCAGCAACGGGACCCGAGGAUCCCGUGGGGCAGCCUCAAGUACCUAAUCGGAGAGGUCAUGUAUGGAGGACGGGCCAUUGACAGCUUUGAUCGCCGCAUCCUGACCAUCUACAUGGAUGAGUACCUGGGGGACUUCAUUUUUGAUACUUUCCAGCCAUUCCACUUCUUCCGGAACAAGAAAGUGGACUACAAAAUCCCUGUUGGUGAUGAAAAGGAGAAAUUUGUUGAAGCCAUCGAGGCCCUCCCGCUUGCCAACACGCCAGAAGUGUUUGGUCUCCACCCCAACGCUGAGAUUGGCUAUUACACGCAGGCGGCUCGAGACAUGUGGGCUCACCUGCUGGAGCUGCAGCCUCAGACAGGGGAAUCCAGCAGUGGUAUCAGCCGCGAUGAUUAUAUUGGCCAAGUGGCCAAAGACAUAGAAAACAAGAUGCCCAAAGUCUUUGACUUGGACCAGGUGAGGAAGCGCCUCGGAACAGAAAUCUCCCCGACUUCGGUGGUGCUCCUGCAGGAGCUGGAACGCUUCAACAAGCUUGUGGUCCGGAUGACCAAGUCUCUAGCUGAACUUCAAAGGGCCUUGGCUGGAGAAGUUGGAAUGAGCAAUGAGUUAGACGAUGUGGCCAGGUCUCUUCUUAUCGGGCAUAUCCCUAAUAUCUGGAGAAGGCUUGCUCCUGACACCUUAAAGUCCCUUGGAAACUGGAUGGUCUACUUCCUGCGGCGGUUCAGCCAGUACAUGUUGUGGGUGACCGAGAGCGAGCCCAGCGUGAUGUGGCUCUCGGGGCUGCACAUCCCUGAGUCCUACCUCACGGCGCUGGUGCAGGCCACCUGCCGGAAGAACGGCUGGCCGCUGGACCGCUCCACCUUGUUCACACAAGUGACCAAGUUCCGGGAUGCAGAUGAAGUGAAUGAGCGGGCGGGACAAGGAUGCUUUGUCUCGGGACUGUACCUGGAAGGUGCUGACUGGGAUAUAGAAAAAGGAUGUCUUAUCAAGAGCAAACCCAAGGUGCUGGUUGUGGACCUGCCGAUCCUGAAGAUCAUCCCCAUUGAAGUGCAUCGCCUCAAGCUGCAGAAUACCUUCCGGACCCCUGUCUACACCACCUCCAUGAGAAGGAACGCCAUGGGAGUCGGCUUGGUUUUUGAAGCUGAUCUCUUUACCACGAGGCACAUUUCUCACUGGGUGCUGCAAGGAGUAUGCCUCACCCUGAAUUCUGAUUAACCUUUGGGUGGAGAAAACUGCUUAAUGAAUUCGGAGCCUGGGGUGGUUGGGAAGAGUGAUCAGGUCUGCUGUCAUUUCUUGGGGCCUCUCAAGAGGCAGGAGGGGGACUGACACUGAUUUUUCAUUUGAAAUCAGCCAUUUAAAGCUCUUUCCAUACAAAUUAACCUGAAUGGUUUGGUUUUUGAUACUUUUUAAAAGGAAUUUAUAUAAUCAAAAAGUAAAUAUUGGAGAGUAUUUUAAGAUGUGUGGAGUUUUCUUUUCCUUCUCAGAGAAAACACUUGAUUAGGCAAAAGUGCCUGGCAUACAUAGCAUUGGCACAAGUGAGAAUCCUAAUGUAAUUUCCAAAGGUGUGUUUUUGAUGAUCCAGGUCUGUUUCAGCAGAUGCUCCUUUUUGGCAAGAAGGGCUGAUGAUGUCGGGCACAAAGCAGAAGUGGCCAGUCACCUGGAGCCACUUCUCCCCCUUCUAGAACUCUCUGGCCCUAGCUUCUUUGGCUCUGACCUGCUACAGCGACUGUGAGGUUGUUGAGCUUAGUGUUUAGUUCCUGCAUGAGCUUCUACCCCUAGCCUGCCUGGGUCUGUGUGGGGUCAAGUGAGGACAUAGAACCUCCAGGACCAGUGGUCACUGGGCACCCCUUCCCUCUGUGCACCACGAGGCUGGCCUGGAG